AUGGAAAAAAACCGUAAAAGAGAACGACGAAGGGUGCCUACAAACAGAGGGAGUGAUCAGAGCAGAGACCAUGUCCAAGAGACGGACUUACAUCAUGGAGCACAGCCAAUGCAAGACUGGGGCAGGGAUGAUUCGACUUUGAGCGAUACUCGAGGACAGAAUGCUCAAGUCAGUGAAGACCAUGCCAUGAGAUAUGAAGCAGACACACCUGAAUUACAUGGUGAUCUGAGUGUCAAUCAGACAAUGUCCCCACGAAUGCUUUAUAAGGUUGCUCGAGAAGCUCAGAUAGCGGUCAAUUUGGCCAGAGAGGAAACAAGGAUUUUGCGGCGAAAAUACAACGAUUUGCUGAACGAGACUGAAGACCCUGAAAUCUCGAGUCAGCAAGGUCCCCCCAAAAAGCAAGAGCUUAUGGACGUCGGCAGUGAGCUACAAAGAAAAAUCAAACAUACCAAGCAGCUGGGGCAAAAGUUCCUUGUGACAUCCAUGCUAUGGAUACAUGACCCAGUAAAUACAUUCAAGACAACUCGUGACGAUCAAUAUAGUCCACUGGGCCGGUUUGAAAACAUUGAGCAAAAGAUACAAGGUCAGAUUAGUGAGAUAUACGCAAACACACCUCGUGAACUUGUUGGGAUGAUUGGGCAGGAUUGGUUUGUAUCUGCUUUCCGCGACGGGAUGCAGGCCCAGCGGUCAAAUGGUGCAAGCCGUCUUCGUGCAUGCGGCAACACUAUCUUUGAUUGUUCAGCGGCCGAUUUGAAGACAUCUGAGGCGAGCCUAUGGAACAUUGAGGUCCUCCAUGCUGAUUAUUCUGGGAAGUUCGACGUGAAUAAAGUCUUCCUUAACCCGCUCUUGAAAGUGGUCCUAUCCUGUGUCAUUCGAGGACCCGGCUCAAUUGUGGCGAUGAAAAAGGGGAUGCCUUAUGAGGGCGCGCGAAGUACCGAAACUCUGGACGUUAAAUGGGGCCUCCAGCACACCACACCAGGCAUGGUUGCAUGCGCCGCUAUUUUGGCACGAUGGGUGCUCUCCCCUGAUAGUAUCCUGAAAGAGAGGGGAGCUCAGUUCGGCAUUAAUUGGCAUGAAGAUUUCGACAAUUACCUUGAAUAUCUCGAAAUUGGGCUGGGAAAAAGGAAAGGGAGUGUACUCACUAUCUUCCGCGAGUGGGACAGAAUACUUUUCCCACAUACCACAAGUGGCCUCAGAGGUCCACUGAACGACGAAGACAGGGAGGAGGCAAUGAAAGAAGCGAUGGAUGCAUUGAAUCAAGACGUUGAAGAGCUGCCGCCUAGUGAUCAAGAACAUGAUGAUGAUGGUGGCGUGAUAAGGGAGGGGAACGAUCUAGGUCCAGGCGAAUCAGAUAACGGCCUUGAAUCAGAAGGGGAAGCCUGA